CAUUCCUCGGCUCAAUCGCUAGAUCCCGUCCUCCAUCCAUCCCUCCUUCUCUCCAUCCAUCCCUCCGUCCGUGCGCCUGUCCUUUCAUCAUGCAGUGGUUGUCUGUCUGCAGCCUGUUGGUGCUGCUGAGUGUGUCAGCCCGGUCUCAGGCUCAGAACCAGAUCUGUACCAUCUUCACGGAGGCCAAGGAAGAUGGAUUCAAAUCUUUGAUCCUUGUAGGGCUGGCUCAGAAUCUUCCCGAUAGUACGUUGGGUGACUUGGUGCCUCUCAUCGCGGAGGCCUUAGCCAUGGGCGUCAAAUGCUGCUCAGACACUCCUCCAGAGGACUGCGACAGAGAUGUGGCGGACCUGUUCCAGAGCGCGGUGUGUUCCUCUGAGACCCUGGUGGAGAAGAACCAUCUGAAGAUGUGCUGUGAGAAGACUGCCGCUGAGAGGACACACUGCUUCCUGGACCACAAGGCCAAGAUUCCUCGGGACCUCCUCAAAGCUGAGCUGCCCGCUGCAGACCAGUGUGAAGACUUCAAGAAGGACCACAAGGCUUUUGUUGGGAGGUUCAUCUUCAAGUUCUCCAAGAGUAACACGAUGCUACAACCACAUGUGAUCCUGGCUAUCGCCAAAGGUUAUGGAGAGGUUCUGACUAGCUGUUGUGGAGAGGCUGAGGCCCAGACCUGCUUCGACACCAAGAAAGCUACUUUCCAACGCGCCGUCGCGAACCGCGUGACUGAACUCAAGGCCCUGUGCAUCGUCCACAAGAAAUAUGGAGACCGCGUUGUCAAGGCCAAGAAGCUGAUCCAGUACAGUCAGAAGAUGCCUCAGGCCUCUUUCCAGGAGAUGGGAGGCAUGGUAGACAAGAUCGUAGCGACUGUUGCCCCCUGCUGCAGCGGAGACAUGGUCACAUGCAUGAAGGAGAGGAAGAGCCUGGUGGAUGAGGUGUGUGCUGAUAAGAGUGUGUUGUCUCGCGCGGCGGGUCUGUCUGCAUGCUGUAAGGAGGAUGCAGUACACAGAGGGUCCUGUGUUGAGGCCAUGAAGCCAGACUCUAAGCCAGAUGGUCUGUCUGAGCACUACGACGUUCACGCUGACAUAGCAGCAGUCUGCCAGACCUUUACCAAGACCCCAGAUGUAGCCAUGGGGAAGUUGGUGUAUGAGAUCUCAGUGCGUCACCCUGAGUCGUCUCAGCAGGUGAUUCUGAGGUUCGCCAAGGAGGCUGAGCAGGCCUUGCUCCAAUGCUGUGACAAGGAGGACCAUGCAGAGUGUGUCAAAACCGCUCUGGCAGGAAGUGAUAUUGAUAAGAAGAUCACUGAUGAGACUGACUACUACAAGAAGAUGUGUGCUGUUGAGACUGGCAUGAACAAUAACGCCUUUGAGAAGAGUAUGAUGGUGCACUACACCAGGAUAAUGCCCCAGGCCUCCUUCGACCAGCUCCACAUGGUGUCAGAGAGGGUGCAUGAUGUCCUCCAUGACUGCUGCAAGGACGAGCCAGGCCACUUCAUCCUGCCUUGUGCAGAGGAGAAGCUGACCGACGCCAUCGACGCCACAUGUGAGGACUACGACCCCUCCACCAUUAACCCCCGCAUCGCCCACUGCUGCAGCCAGUCCUACUCCAUGAGGAGACCCUGUAUCCUGGCCAUCCAGCCUGACACAGAGUUCACGCCCCCGGAGCUGGAUGCCAGCAACUUCCACAUGGGCCCCGAGCUCUGCACCAAGGACAGCAAGGAGCUGCUGCUCUCUGGGAAGAAACUACUGUAUGGUGUGGUCAGACAUAAGACCACCAUCACUGAGGAGCAGCUGAAGUCCAUCUCUACUAAAUAUCACAGUAUGAAGGAGAAGUGCUGUGCUGCUGAGGACCAAGCAGCAUGCUUCACUGAGGAGGCACCCAAGCUGGUUUCUGAGAGUGCAGAGCUGGUCAAGGUUUAAGAUAGAAUUGUGAUGAUUUUAAUUUCAAAAGAUGAACGGAUGAUUUUUAAAAAUAAUAAUAAUAAAAGGUUCUGUCUGCAUCGAUCCAUCUACCUCCCCAGCCUACAUUUACACCAUGGUGACCUCAUUCUCCUAUCUGCAACGUCUUGUCAUCCACUCAUAAGUCUGUCUAUGAGUGAUCUGUGAUUGACUCAUAAGUCUGUCUAUCAGUGAUCUGUGAUCGACUCAUAAGUCUGUCUAUCAGUGAUCUGUGAUUGACUCAUAAGUCUGUCUAUCAGUGAUCUGUGAUCGACUCAUAAGUCUGUCUAUCAGUGAUCUGUGAUCGACUCAUAAGUCUGUCUAUCAGUGAUCUGUGAUCGACUCAUAAGUCUGUCUAUCAGUGAUCUGUGAUCGACUCAUAAGUCUGUCUAUCAGUGAUCUGUGAUUGACUCAUAAGUCUGUCUAUCAGUGAUCUGUGAUUGACUCAUAAGUCUGUCUAUCAGUGAUCUGUGAUCGACUCAUAAGUCUGUCUAUCAGUGAUCUGUGAUCGACUCAUAAGUCUGUCUAUCAGUGAUCUGUGAUUGACUCAUAAGUCUUACAGCCUAUCCUCAUCAAACCUCUAUCUGGGAUGAAUCACGCCGCUGGUUAAUUUCUGAUAGACAUGAAUGACUCCUGUCAAUCAAAUACACAUGAAUAACUGAAUAAAGUCAUGUUUAUCAACUGUA